AAAUUUCUACUAUUGGGAAAGGCCUAAAGACUAGCAAGAGUAGCGCCCAAAUCCAAGACCAUAUAUAUUCACGCAGAAUUGUCUCGUCUUGACUCUUGACGUCUUCUGCUGCUUUCUAGUUUCUACUCUGUGAGGAAGAAAGGAAAAAAUGCAGGCAAGCGAUAGAUUCAAUAUCAACUCCCAGUUGGAACACUUGCAAGCUAGAUAUGUAGGAACUGGACAUGCUGACUUGACUAGAUUUGAGUGGGCAGUGAAUAUUCAGCGCGAUUGCUAUGCUUCCUAUAUUGGCCACUACCCAAUGUUGGCCUACUUUGCUAUUGCGGAGAAUGAAUCUAUUGGAAGAGAGCGCUACAAUUUCAUGCAGAAAAUGCUUGCACCUUGUGGUCUUCCACCAGAGAGGGAAGAUGAUUAAGAGCAGCAAAAUAAGAGUUUUAACAUGCUAUGCAGCUAAAUAUUCUGGUCAUCUUCAAACCAAGUCCUCUAUGCUCCUGAUAUUUUGUAAUAACAGGAUCUGUAAGACUGUAUUAUAAUCUCUAGUGCAUUCUACAGUACUAGUUUCUACUUCUGUUAGCUUUGUAACCCACCCAUGGAUUACUUAUUUUUCUUUUUUGGAUGGUGGGGAUACCUGUAGGCUGUAACCACUUUCCGAGGGUGUCCACUUGGGAAACUAUGUGUUCAACCUUAAUCUGAGAUUUUCAAUUCUUUAUGCAGCA